UUUUAGAAGAAAACAGUAACCUUAUCUUUUACUUGAUAACUAUAGAAGAUAACUAUAGCAAACUAGAGUGUAUUGUAUGUAUUUACCUACGUCUUGUAAUCGAGAUCACAAUGACAUUCGUGAAAAAUACGUGUAAGAUUUUAAGUGCCCGAAUAUUACAACAAAAAGCAAAUUAUGCUACUAAAACUGAGGCUCUACUUGGCGACAUCAAUGUUCUUGAUCUUACUCGAGUUAUCGCCGGUCCAUUUUGCACCAUGACUCUUGGUGACCUUGGUGCAAAUGUUAUCAAAGUGGAGAGUCUUGAAGGGGAUGAGGCUAGGAAGUGGGGACCCCCUUUUAUAGGCGGGAAGAAUGACUCUUUCUAUUUUUUAAGCGUAAACAGGAAUAAGAAGAGUAUAUGUAUAGAUUUAAAAUCACAAGAUGGACGAAAUGUAAUGUAUGAUUUAGCAAGGAAAUGUGAUGUGAUGGUAGAAAAUUAUCUACCUGGGAAGUUAGACACAAUGGAUGUAGGUUAUAAAAAGUUGAAAACCAUUAAUCCAAGGCUCAUAUACUGUGCAAUCACAGGAUUUGGCUCUAAAGGGCCUUAUGCAAAAAAACCUGGAUAUGAUGUAAUUGCUUCAGCCAUGGGUGGCUUACUCAAUGUGACAGGAGAGAGGAAUGGUAACCCCGCGAAGCCUGGAGUUGCCAUCACAGAUGUGACAACAGGCUUGCAUGCCUUUGGUGCCAUCAUGACUGCCCUCUAUUACAGGCAAAAGACUAACAAAGGUCAAAAGAUUGACUGUAACCUCCUGUCCACGCAAAUCUCAAGUAUGAUAAAUGUUGCUAACAUUUACCUUAACUAUGGCAUCGAAGGCCAGCGCUGGGGCACCGCACAUGCUAACAUAGUGCCGUAUCAAUCAUUCAAAACUAAAGAUGGAGAAAUGGUAAUAGGAACAGGUUCAAACGCUCAAUUUGCUGACUUCUGCAACUUGAUAGGCAAGAAAGAGUUAAUAACUGAUGAAAGGUUCAUAGACAACUCUGUCAGAGUUACAAAUAGGGAUGAGUUAAUUGCAAUAAUAAGUGAUGUCAUAGUUACAAAAACUAAUAAAGAGUGGGCUAAGACUUUUGAAAAAGCCUCUUUUCCUAAUGGACCUGUGAACAAGAUGAAGGAUGUUUUCGAUGAUGAGCAUGUCAAGGAGAUAGAGUUGGUCAAAGAGUUGCCCCAUCCUGAUGCUGGCACGGUGAAGAUGGUGGGGCCCCCAACAGUCUACAGUGUGGGGGGCAACUAUGCUAGGACGGCACCUCCCACUUUAGGUCAACACACUAGAGAUGUCUUGUCUAAUUUCCUUGGAUAUCAUAAUAGAAAAAUUGAUGAUUUAUUUGCAAAUAAGGUUGUUCGGUAAUUUUAAAGUUGAACGGA